AUGGCCACAUGCUUUUUGAACAACGUUUAUUGCUGUUACCUUCCUGCCCACUGCUCUCAUGGCCUCCAGCCGUUAGAUAACGGUGUAUUCAAUGCCUCCAAGGCAGCUUACCGGAAAGAACUUCAGAAAUUGACCUGUUUGACCGAUUCUGCGCCUGUUCAUAAGGUCAAUUUUAUACGGGCAUAUGCUAAAGCGCGCGAGGUUGGAAUGACGGCAAAGAAUAUAUUGUCCGGCUGGAGGGUCACUGGGAAUUGGCCGAUCUCACGAUCCAAGGCAUUGCGGCAUCCAGAAAUUCACGCGGACAUUGUAGAGACGUCUCCAAAAAACAGCCGCCAGAUUCGCGAUUUCGGAAAGAACAAGACUCCUGGCACCCGGAGACGAUACGCCGUGAUAGCUAGAGGCUUUGAAGCCCAAGAACAGACGCUUGCCGAGCACAGCAACAGAAUCGCGAAGCUAGAGGAAGAAGUGGCCCGGCUGCAGAGAGGCAAGAAGAGGAGAGCAAUUCCGAACCCGAACAGACGGUUCAUGACUCUCAGUGAAGCUUUGGUGGCUGAGGAAGCCAUUCCCCAAAUUAAAAGCCAAGAGAUAGCCGUUGUGCUGAAUUCUGACACAGAGGAGGAGGCGGUCUCAGAGGUGGAGACAGCUUCAGUGAUUGAAGUCAAGGUGGCACCGAAGCCCUUCCAGUCACCACCAGAUCCGGGCGAAUGGUAA